AUGUCAUUCGCAUGGCUGGUGCUUCUGAGUAGCUGCUUCCUUUGGCAAAUGACAACGACCGACUUGGUUUACAGGAUGAACAAAAUCGAGUGCGUGGUCAAUAAAGCAAGAGUGACUAACGUUACAUGCAAAGUGAAGCCCAUUAAUUGGAAUUUGGCGUUGGUGAACAUGGAUUGCUUCUUAAUUGUGCCCGUUCUGAGCCCAGUUAUUCGAGUGCAAGUUUUUGUGAAGGACUAUAGUAACCAGUUCCAGCCAUUCCUAGUUGACGUGUCUUUUAACUUAUGUGAGGUGGUCGAAAGAAGGAACUUUGUACCCUAUGGCGUCAUUGUCUGGAAACUGUUUCAGCGUUUCACGAAUGCCAAUAACUCCGGCUCUUUUUCGGGCCAUCUACAUGCACGCAACGGAUAUCUGGACACCAGUCUUCUGCCUCCAUUUCCCCAUGGAGUCUACCAAGUGAGUUUAACGUUCACGGAUACCAAUUCUACAAACAGAGAAAAUAUAGCCAAUCUGAAGUUCUUCAUUGAAGCCAUGGAUCGAAGAAAGAGCAAGAAGCUUCCCAAAUCCUAG